UAACUCCAAUACCGGUUCGUGAGAAAAAUUUCUCUUAUUUUCCCGAGUGUUGUACCUACCACACAAGAACUCAAAGCCCAGUCCUACCGAAGACCCGCCCAACCCCGUGAGCGGAGCCACCUCAUCCCGUCGGCGGCGACCUCACUCCUCAUUCAGACUGGCAUGCGUUCAUUGUGAAGGAUGAUCUGGUGCCUGUUAUGUACAAUUUAAAUUCAAGACGUGUAUUAGAGAAAAAGAGCGAUGGCCGAUUCCAAACCUGAAACUAGUGUGAGAUGCCAUCAUUGUGCAGGUCCUCUUUCUAAGAAGAUGGAAACGAGCGAGUGGACUGUUGCACCUCUUAUUAGGGAUAGCUUUUCAAUGAUUGGCUCAGCUCUUGGUGGCACAGCAAGUGCUUUUUAUGGAUUCAACCAUGAGAUUUUUCACGGAAGGACCAAAAUGAUUGAUGUGAUGCCUAUUGUUCGGAGGUGGGUAAAAGGACCCAUGUGGUUGCACUUUUUCGUUGGUGCUCCACCUGUGAUUGUAUUCUCUUCAGCUUGUGCAGGUUUAGCAGGCGGUGCCGUUCCAGCGUUGGCCCAACUUGCUUCUUCAUCUUAUCAUGCAGUGGUCUCAUCGUCCUCAUAGCCGCCAACUUCUCAAGAUGAAAACAUGCACAAGUCCAGAACUUCCUCGAUUCUGUAAUGUUGUAGAGUUUUACGUACGGAAAAGACACGUUAGGGAACCAUCCAGGUUUGACCUGUCCACCAGAUCAAGGUUCUGUCGGCUUGAGGCAGACACAAGUCUUGGUGAUAAAAAGUGAGUUACGAUGCAAAUUAUUGUUUGGUAAUAUUGUAUGCAGUCAAUAAAAUUGUCAGUUUUAUAGGAUAUGAAAUACCUAAUUGCGUUUUAGUUUCCUCGAACCCUAGUGCUUUUCUCUCCAUAUUUCAUGUAAAUCAGGAAAUACAUACAAGGCUGAACACGGAUGUAUCCCAAUGAUUCUACGUAUCAUAUAUUUUUUUUCCUUGGAACAAA